AUGGGCACCAAGAACAACGUAACUGAGUUUGUUCUGUUUGGCCUUUUCCAGAGCCGGGAGAUGCAUGCAUGCUUUGUGCUAUUUUCCCUCUUCCAUGGUCUCACUGUCCUGGGGAACCUUCUGGUCAUCUUCACCAUCAAUGCCAGCAAGACCCUGAGUGCUCCCAUGUAUUUCUUCCUCAGCCAUCUGUCUUUUGCAGAUGUGGGCUAUCCAUCUGCUACCACACCCAAGAUGAUCACUGACACUUUGGUGGAGCACAAGACCAUCUCAUUCAAAGGCUGCAUGGCCCAGCUCUUCUUUGCACACUUCUUUCGUGGCACAGAGAUCUUCCUCCUCACAGCCAUGGCCUAUGAUCGCUAUGUGGCCAUCUGCAAGCCCCUGCACUACACAACCAUCAUGGAUCAGCGGAAAUGUGCUCUACUGGUGGAAGCUUCCUGGGUGGCUGGCUUCCUGCAUUCCAUCCUGCAGAUGCUCCUCAUGGUCCAGCUGCCCUUUUGUGGGCCCAAUGAGAUAGACAACUUCUUCUGUGACGUGCACCCCCUGCUGAAGCUGGCCUGUGUGGACACCUAUGUGGUGGGGCUCAUUGUGGUGGCCAAUAGUGGCAUGAUCUCUUUGGUCUCCUUCCUUGUCCUCAUCAUCUCCUACAUGGUCAUCCUACUGAACCUGAGAAGCUGGUCAUCCAAGAGCCGGCACAGGGCUCUGUCUACGUGUGGCUCACACAUCAUCACUGUCCUUUUGGUCCUUGUGCCUCCCAUGUACAUGUAUAUCCGUCCCUCCACCACCCUGGCUGCUGACAAACUUGUUAUCCUCUUCAACAUUGUGAUGCCACCCUUGCUGAACCCUCUAAUCUACACGCUGAGGAACAGUGAGGUGAAAAAUGCCAUGAGGAGACUGUUCAGGGUCAGGAGGCACUUAGGAGAGAAAUGA